AUUUUUUUUUUUUAUUAAAAUUAAAUGUAACAAAGAUGAUAAACAAAUAAACCUAAUAGUUUUUUCAAAUAUUAAAUUCAUCUAUAUAUAGUGAAUCGCAUUACUAAGCAUGUUAAUUGAUAAUAGUUUAAAACUUUCUAUAUUUAUUUGUAUAUUUUUUGUAUUUUCGUGUGAUUUGAUUCCACGGGUUAAAAGUGUAAGAAUACUUGCCAUUUUGCCCGUAGCAGGCAAAAGUCAUUGGAAUGUGUGGAAAAUUAUACUUCAGUCGCUAGUAGAUAAUGGCCAUAAUGUAAUUGCAUUUACGCCAUUUCUAAUGGAUAUUCUAUUAAAUUAUACUGAAAUUGAUAUGACUAAUGUACUACCUUCAACAAUUGGAAAAGGUGUAAGUCACUGGAAAUUCACUAGUGCUAUACUUCAAUCAUUGACGGAACGUGGCCAUUAUGUCACUGUAUUUACCCCGUUUUUAAAUGGUAACCGAGAAAAUUAUGUGGAAAUAGAUUUAUCUAAAAUUAUUGAAUCAAAAACAAAUAUGAGUGCUAUGACUAUACUUGAACAUUUAAGAAAUCCAUAUCAUGUUAUACCACAAAUGCAUAAAUUAAGUAAAAAAAAUUGCGAAUUAAUCUUUAAGUAUGACCAAAUGCAACAAAUUUUGUUAUCGGGUUCAAAAUCGAUGUAUGAUGUUGUUAUAAUCGAAUAUUUUUAUUCGGAAUGUAUUGGACAGAUUGCUUCUGAGUUGGAUAUCCCAUUAAUUUAUACAAAUCCUACUUCAGGUAUCAGUUUUAUGGAACCAAAAAUAAUAGGCUAUGAAUAUAGUCCAGCUUACGUUGGACACAUACUACUACAUCCUUCACCAUCAAAAUCUUAUUCUCAGCGUUUUGCUAACUUUAUUUUGCAUAUUUUUGAUAUAAUUUGGGAACUCUAUGAAGAUAUUACUCGAAAAAAUAAAAUUAUAGGUAAAAGAAAGAACUUUAAAUCUGUGAAGCCAUCUAUAAUAUUUCAGAAUAAGCAUUACAUCACUGAACCAUCACGACCAUAUCCGCAAAAUCUCAUACAAUUAGGUGGUAUUCAUUUGAACUCACCUAGUUAUAUUCCUAGUGAUAUUUUAGAGUUCAUUGAAAAUUCACCACAUGGAGUGAUCUUAUUUACUUUUGGAUCUGUAGCCACGAUGUCUACUUUACCAGAUCACAUUCAAAAUGCAUUUAAAAAAGCUGUUGCCAGAUUACCUCAACGUGUUUUAUGGAAGUAUGAGUGUGAAAUGGAAGAUAAACCGGACAAUGUUAUGACAAAAAAGUGGUUUCCACAACGCGAUAUUCUUUUACAUCCGAAAGUCAAAUUGUUCAUUAGCCAUGGUGGCAUAUCAGGAGUAUAUGAAACUGUUGAUGCUGGUGUUCCAGUACUUGGAUUCCCUUUGUUCUAUGAUCAACCAAGAAAUAUUGAAAACCUGGUAGAGGCCGGUAUGGCAAUGUCCAUGGAUUUAGUUACAGUCACUGAAGAAUCAUUUUUCAAAUCGGUCAUGGAGCUUAUAAAUAACAAUAGGUAUACUGAAAAUGCUAAAAUUGCAUCUGAAAGAUUCAAAGACAGACCAAUGUCUCCUGCGGAUUUAGUAGUUUAUUGGACCGAGUACGUUAUACGCCAUAAAGGUGCUCCACAUCUUAAAUCACCUGCUCUCGAAUUAACUUGGUAUCAAUAUUACUUGUUGGAUGUUAUGGGUGCCAUAAUAUUAGGAAUUUUAAUAGCUUUAUUUAUUAUAAGCAAAACAUUAAGGAUUAUUCGUAGUCUAUUAUUAAAAAAUCUAAUUAAUAGUAAGAAAAAAUCAGAAUGUUUAGAAUACGAUAUAUGCAGCAUGUCAGUUAGUUUAAAUUACUUUUUAACGUCACUAUAUAUCAUAGUUGUAGUUAUUUUAAAUUCUGUAUCUCAAGGAAAAUGCGAACGAAUACUUGCUUUAGAACCAGUGGCAGGAAAGAGUCACUGGAACUUUGUUCGAUCAGUUUUACGGACAUUGACAGACCGAGGACACAAUGUUACAGUUUUUACACCAUAUCCAGAAGGUAAUCGGGAUUUCUAUACUGAAAUUGACUUUUCUAAUGUGUUACCUGAUACUGUCGGGCAUAACAUAAUGCCACUUCUUGAACAUCUACAAAAUCACAACAAAUUGUCAGUUCCAAUUCUUCCGUCAGUAAUAAAUCACUCACGAUCUAUGUGUAAACAAAUUUACAAUGAUGAACGCAUGAAAAAUGUUUUGCAGUCGGGUCGACAAAAUUUUGACAUAGUGUUAAUAGAAUAUUUAUGCUCAGAGUGCGUAUCAUAUUUAGCAACUGUACUCAAAUUACCUAUGAUACAUGUAGUGACAUCUUCUAUUGUCCACCCGACAGAAUGGUCUCUUUUUAAACACAUGUCCAAUCCAUCAGUAACCACCCACUUGCUAGACGAUUCGGGUACUCCUAAAAGUUUCAUUGAUCGCUUUUGGAGUUUUCUAUUUCACGUUUAUGCUAAGUACUUAUUCAGCAAAACAGAAUGGAAACUUAAAAGGGAAAACCUUGAAGUUUUUGAUACUGUAGACUUAGUCAAACCUUUACUAACAUUUUAUAAUACACAUUAUGUAACAGAACCAUCUAGAACUUGGCCCACAAAUGUCAUACAAAUUGGUGGCUUGCAUUUGAGUUCUCCCAAAACUAUACCAGAUGAUAUUUUGAAAUUCAUUGAAGAAUCGCCUCAUGGAGUUAUAUAUUUUACAUUUGGUUCAGUGGUUUCUAUGUCUACAUUACCAGAUUAUAUCCAAAAUGCUUUCAAAGAAGCACUGUCUCAAAUUCCUCAGAGAGUUUUAUGGAAAUAUGAAAGAGAAAUGAAAAACAAACCUGCUAACGUAAUGACAAAAAAAUGGUUCCCACAACGUGACAUUCUCUUACAUCCAAAUAUUAAGCUUUUUAUUAGCCAUGGAGGAAUUUCUGGAGUGUACGAAGCAGUGGAUGCUGGUGUACCAGUUUUAGGGUUUCCAUUAUUUUAUGAUCAACCAAGAAACAUUCAAAAUUUGGUAGAACAUGGGAUGGCAUUGUCAAUGGAUUUGUUUGCUGUAUCUACAAAAUCAUUUUACAAUGCCGUUAGUGAGCUUAUAAAUAACAAAAAAUACUCUGAGAACGCCAAAAUUACAGCUGAAAGAUUUAAAGACAGACCAAUGUCUCCAGCCGAUUCUGUAAUAUAUUGGACUGAAUAUGUUAUUCGGCAUAAAGGUGCACCACCUCAUUUAAAAUCUCCUGCCCUCAACUUAACGUGGUACCAAUAUUUGUUAAUAGAUAUAAUUUCAGUGAUUAUUUUAGGGUUAUCAAUUAUAUUUUAUAUUUUAUACAAAGUAUUUACGAUUACUAAUAGACUAGUAUUAAAAAAAUCUAUGCAUAUGCUACGAUAUUUUUUAUAUAAUAAAAAUAAAUCUGAUUGAACUUAAAAUUUGUAAAUAAAAAUUUAGCUCUAAAUGAACAUAUUUCAUACUGUUAUAAUAAUAUUAUUACUAUUUACUACGACAUAAAUGUUAAACAGGAUACAUUUUUUGUCAUUA